UUGUCGUUGGUGGGGGUGGAUUUGGAUGUGGCGGGUGUUGGAAAGGGGUGGGUCUUGGGGAGGUCACUGCCCUUACAUGUGUCCUUGUCUGUUCUGCUGUAUUUCUUGUCUGUACUGCUAGAUGCAUGACCCUUGGACGCCGAUUGCUCGUCUGUUGCCGUGGCGUGGGUGAGAAGAUCGUCUAGUUUCAAGGCUGACAGGAGCGUGUCGGAAGUCACGACCGGUUUGGGAGCCAGUGUAGAAGAUGCCUUGCUCGGAGGAACAACCGCAGAUUUCGCACGCUGUACAUGGGGCUUGGGGUGAUCGUGCUCAGAAUCCGUAGGAUCCUCUUCCUCGCAGGUAGGGGCUGGCGGAUAAGAGCUCCGAGGCAGCAAAUCGGUCAGCUGUUCAUACUCUCCUCCUUUUGCCAGAGGGCGCUUCGAAGAGCUAGAUAGUACUACGGUACUACGAUCACCCGAUGAGCCCGGGGAACCAGCCUGGGACUCCUCCAGAGGAGGUACAUUCAAUGCAGGCGCAUACGUCUCAAUGAUGAAGAUAAUCGGCUCCAUAACGAACGUUCCCAUCUUGGUCGAGAAGUCGACGCUACGUCCACGCUGGAUCGCAACUACAUGGCCCUUUCGAAACUUGGUGCGAAGCGUGAUAAGACGCAGCUCUUCUGGAAGCAAACCACGAAGCUUAUCGAAUACACAGUAACUGGGGCCGAGCGUAAGGAUAUACUUCUUGAUAUUGUCGUGGUGAAUCGGUAUUUCAUCAAUUGUAUAAGUCCACUUAACAGCCAGACGGACAUCGUCGCAAUUAGCUCGAAGAAUAUAAGCUUCAUAAUGGGGAAACGGAUCCAGUUCAACAGGAUCCAGAUCAGCCGGACUUAGCACUUGAUUGUGUGAGAAUGAUCCAUCGGGAAGGAAAGAAAACGGUUCCCACAGUUCUGGUGUAGUGGGAAUCUCUUGUUUGGUGGUUGAGGUGCCUUUGAUGUUGCUACUCUCAGCCGCAGCUGCGGAUUUCUCACCAGCUGCAGCAGAGCUGGCCUUCUUGGCGACGUCCUUGUUGUUGUCUUUUGCGUCCGCGGUGGGGUCAACAUGCUUUCCAGGCUUGUUCACGACUGGUGCCGUUUUGUCACUGGCUGAAGCGACGCUGGCCUUCUGGGUAGUGUCAUGAGCUCGGGACUGACUCACGGGCGCCUUUUCGCUGCUAUCUUUCGCGCUGGCCUUUGAGGCUCCCGCUCUCUUUCCUUUACCCAUGAUGCUCUUU